CACGGUCUUUCCUUACUAACAUUUCAGACAAUGGAAGUCGCUCUGGCAAUAGAGAGAGUUUUGACCAACUUGCGAUCUGAAGGUAUACCGGCCUGUGUUAUUGGUGAGAUAGCAUUAAACUACUAUAAUGUACCCCGAGUUGUGCAUGAUAUCGAGAUAUGCGUCCCAGAAAGCUUACUAUCGAAAGCUGUAUCCAACCUCUGCUCUACCGGUCUAUAUCAAUUAACGCAGAAGGAAGGGUACGAUAUAUUCACGGAAUAUAAAAGGGGAUUUCCGACGCUCGCUGUGACAAACAGCAACCUUCUAGUUGUGAUCUUUCCUGAUUCACAUUUCCAUCUUUCCCCGCUGGGCUCCAGUAUCGUAUCGUAUAAGGAGAUAAAACCUACAGUCUACAGUCAUGAGAUCCAAGGUCUAGUUCCAGUGGAUGAUAAUACGACAUCUUCCGACCCCGAAUACUAAGGCUUAGUCUUACUAAGCCGCAACGUAGCAGGGGUCAGUUAAUUUCGAGAAUGACUGUAUUAGUAUAAGUCGCCUUCCAUUUUGACUCUUACAGAGCACUUCUGCAACACUACCAGACAGCUCUUCCAGAGACUCCAUCAUGACUUCAGCUCGAAAGCCAAUGGGCAGUUGACUCUAAGCCUGACCGAUGUGUGAAUAAUAGCACGACAUUGACUCCUCAAAAGAUGAGACAUACAGACAGUGGGAGGACGCGUUGGGG